AACGACGGUGUGCCUGGAUAACGAUAUUCACAUCGCCGAACCCUUGGAAAUAUCAGCUAACAGCCUAGAUCCCAAUUAAAAAAAUUAAACAAUAUCCUCAUACGAAAUAAACUUCCAAGCAAGCACCAACAUGCGCUGAUAAUCUAAAUCGAUUCAAUACGCCGCAUCCGCGCACCACAAGAGCGUUGCCGAGAUUAUACCGUUGAAGGGAUACCAAUACCGACGAACGAAGGCUGCAACGGUGGGAAAUCAUCAGGAAGGAAACACAAUUACCGAAUGCUCUGUCCAGGGGCUUCAUUAGGAGCUUCUCGCUCUGCGACAAUCCACGCGGGGGUUAUCUAAAGUUGCGCUGAAUUCAGAUGCGAUGUCAAAACUCCACGGUCAAGUAUGAGCAAAGCCGUGGAAGAUGUAACGGAAGUUGCAGAGCUUCAUACCGUGGCCUCACAUGAGUCAGAGGUGCGUGAGGGCCAGGCUAGCCUUUCGAAACCUCCUAAGAAACGAGUCUCCCAAGCCUGUAGCCGCUGCAGAAGCCGCAAGGACAAAUGCGACGGAAAGAAACCGACAUGUUCGGCUUGUGCUGACGUUGAUGAAACCUGCGUUUAUGACUCGGCCACUAAAAAACGCGGGCUGCCCGAAGGGUAUGUCCGUGGACUGGAAAAGCUUUGGGGUAUCUCGUUACGAAAAGCUGAUGGCCUCGAGACUACCAUAUUAAAAAUUAUCGAGACGGGUGAUACAGAUCCUCACUCUUUAGCCAAGAUAUGGAACGACAAAGAAGGGAAUGAAACCUUAGUUGAAACUUGGAGGCGGAGUAAAGUUUAUCAAGAGCUUGAUAGGUUGCUCCCUUUGCUCGAUCUUUCGGACGACAAACCAGGGAAAAGAAAGCGAACAGAUCCAGUUCCAGGCCGACGGCCAGAGGAAGAUCCAAAUCUACCAUCUUCUAUUCAAGCUCAGAUUGGACCAGAGCAAAACCCAUCACCAGCCUCAACGCUAGGCCACCCAAACGAUGCCUUCGCAACGAGCCAGGAAAAUUUUGUUCUCAAAAGUUCUAUCAUUCCACGAGAAAUUACCAUACCAAGCGCUCCUCCAUUGCCCGAGAGGACAUGGAAUCUCAUCGACGUGUAUUUCUCAUAUACUCAUUGUUGGUUUCCUAUUAUAGAAAAACAUGAGUUAUUAAGACUCUCCUAUCAGUACUCACAGAACAGAUCGGCAUCUUCACCCCACAAGUCGGGGAAUUUGGCAGUGCUUUGGGCUGUAUUAGCGUAUGCGGAUCACCAAAUCAGAGCGAUAAAACCAUAUACAACAACCAACGGCCUUGAUGGUAAUUGGACGGUGGCAAGGCUAUACGAAGAAUCCAAGGCACAUAUCCCUCCAGAAGAGGGGGAUUUUGAGUUGGGCCACGUUCAAGCCCUAUUAAUACUCACGCUUCUGAACAUAGGACAGGGGCGCUGGAGCGGCGCCUGGAUAUUAAUUGGCAAGGCCGUCCGCAUUGCUAUUGAGCUCGGUUUUAGCCAUGCUACAGACAAGAAAUGUCUUAGUGCACACGUUCUUCUAGGCUGCUUUGUUCUUGACACAUUGGUAGCAUUAAACCUCGAUCGGAUCCCACAGCUCCGCGUGUCAGAUAUCAGACAAAUCGGCACCAUUGACGAAGACGGAUUAGAUGAAUGGAAUCCGUGGGUGGAUUGCCUUUCUCUAGAGCAUAAUUCUACAGAUGGCCGUCGCGGUCCCGCCGCUACUCUGAGCACAUUCAACUGCCUGAUUCGUCUCACGGCAAUCCUCAACAGCAUUACUCAUGAUGAGUCUACUGGGACUGUAAGGGCCCAUAAGUGUCAAGAACUGUUGGAUGAAUUGGGAUCUUGUGGCGAAAUGAAUCCCAUCAAAUCCAUGCCAGCGUCUAAUUUUAGCGAUGGGACGAGGCCUCCUUUACUGCCUCAUCAAUACCAUCUUCACAUCGCACAUCUCGGUACAGUAACGGCGGUCUACGCUUAUCUGAAUGCUUCGGGCAAUGGAGAACAAGCUUCUAAUGGUGCAAACCUUGGAGUAUUAGCUGCCUCCGCUUAUAAAACAAUGUGGCUCAUUGUUCGACACUCAGAAGCCUUCGGACUAUCGAUAAUUCCACCAACUUUCGCUUGUUUUAUAAAGGUGAUUUUGCGAGGCUUUCACAAAAUCCCACAAAGUGCUCUCGACGAGCAAAAUCUUACUUCCGCCGAAUGGCAGGAAAAGAUGUUUCACUCGCUCUCUGCGAUGUCUUCAGUGUGGCCAGCGUUUACAACACUUCAGUCCAUGUUAAAAUCCAACCUUACAUCUACGCAAAACCUAUCGCAACCUUUACUGCCAAGCCAGCCAGCAAUAGACAGGCACAUUGCGUCGCGAGACCAAAUGAUUACGCAAUUGGUUCCUCACCCCAUUAUAUCCGACAACCUUUCUAGUUCCAACCUUGAUGUCAGGAAUGGCGCAAAUGGAGCUCAUUUUAACAGAACCCUUACCAACAAUGCUCCACAAAGCCAAGCUCCUCCGUCUGUAACCUCUACGGAUGGCCGGUCUUCGUCUUGGAAGGAACCAACGACCCCUUGGAACCAAUUACCCAGCCAGCCCUAUGAUAAAGUUCUCAACGAUGCUAGCUCUGUUGGCACAUUCACUUCACACAUUGACGGCGACUCAACUUUCAAUGAGUUUGCAGCCCUCGAUGCCAUGGAAUGGAAUAACAAUUGGGACCAGGGUUUGCUCAAUUUGGGGUUUACUGAGACAGAAAUGAUGCGCCAGGACUUCAAUAGCUUCUGUCAAGUCCCAGAACCGACGUCGAACGAUCUUGUUCAGCAACUGCUGGCAGAUGCUGAGGUACCACAUCCCCUACUGGGAAGUAUACACGGUAUAUCAGAUCCCAGCGUGUUGGAGGCAUCCCAAACAUUACGAUCAAUGUUCAAGGGCUGGUGAAUAACCACAGGAACCAUUCGGAUGGCAGCGCGGCCUUGUAUUAUUAUAAAGAAUAUUCUAAGCCACGAAACGCCUCGCUGUUACUUCUACCAGCCGAGGAACUUGUUCUAUAUAUGACCUUUGUAUAUACUAUAUACAUGCCGGAGCUUACAAGCAAACAACGCCGUUCAUCUCUUCAAAUAGCUUACGCAAAACUCAAGUGCAGCCACAUAUCCAUAAGUACCCAAGCCGCAAAUCACAGCGACCGCUUUAUCUGCCAGGAA